ACUCUCUACAGAUGUAAGAAGGCUCAGCCUGUAGUGAAGUUCAGCUUGAAUUUAAGCGAGGACUCCAUGCAAAAAAUGCUUGAUCAUUUGAAGCAGUUAUGCGAAAUCAGGAUGGACCAGCACACAAGGCUGGCUUUCAUUUUUCAGGAAUUGAAGGCUCGGGAAUUCAUUGGAUUAUUCAGUCAGUGUCGCUCUAGACUGGAGAAGCAUCUGUCAGAUCUGGAAGAGAGCGCAGUUCAGCUGGACAGGAUGAAGAAGGGGGCCAGUAUCUCCUCUGUGGCUGGCAGGUCGGUUGGGAUGGUAUGGGGUGCUUUGUCCAUUGCUGGUCUUGCUCUGGCCCCGGUCACUGCAGGAGUGUCACUGGGUUUCACUAAAGCAGGAGUCGGUCUGAAGGCUGUCAUGAAGGCCAAUAGUUUUAUCACAGGCGUCACUGAACUUGGAGUCAACCAGUGGCAUGGGAAAAAAGCCCAGAAUAUUUUCAAACAAUAUAUGGAGGAUGUGGAGAAGAUUCUAAGCUGUCUGGAGCAGGCCAGUAGACAGGAGCAUGUAGAGGGGCCGGCUGGGUUUGAUAUCAUUCCAGAUACUGUAUCAUUCCAGAAACUGGCACUUCCUGCUGGAGAAUUGGGCAAAGGUAUUAAUGCUCUGGCGGAUGCAGUUUCAGUUGUUAAAAUACUCAAAACUGAGGAGGGGAUUGCGUCUGCAACCAAGGCCGGGCUCCAGGGGACAAAAAGUACUCGUAACAUUCCCAAACUGGCUGCAGACCUUCCCGACAUGCUGGCAAAAGGGACGCCACUUGCAAAGUCUGUUUUUUUUAUUGGUGUAGAUGUCUUUUUUAUUUGCAAAGAAACCAAAAGUCUGUCCAAAGGGAGCGAGAGUGAGUCCUCUCAGCUCAUCCGCUCACGAGCAGCUCUGUGGAGAUCUGAGCUGGAGGACUGGAAGAAGAUCCAUGAUUCCUUAUGCAUAGGGAUAGAGAGGGUCAAGAAGAGUCAGGAAGUGUUGGAGCAACCUUUUCUUCACCGAGAGCCACAGCCCCAUCAGCAAUGGCUGUUCCAAUGGUUUUUAUCCUGCUCAAUCUUCCACUGCCAGUGUAUGGUUGGGAUAAGGAGCUUGGCCUGA